AAGAGCGACCCCUUUCUCCCGCCAGCACAUUAACGGUUCUUCUGCCCGAGGAACUCACAUUCGUGAUAUCCUCUUUUCCUCGGACGCUUCAUCAAGCUGACCAUACUUGCUGCGAUAUUUCAGCCGUGACAUUGCGACCGCGUGCACGCGCGCGCGCACCGGAGGAAACACCACGCCGGACGCCGCAACAUCGAUCGCGUCCGCGUUUCCUCUAGCAGUAUUGCGGCAACGGUAUUCGAGCGCACCGGUCUCUAACGCCACGACACCCUUUCACGGUACAAUUUCACCUUUCUACAAUGCCCUAUUUACUCGAGCCGUUUUAUUUCAUUCCUUCGACCUUUCCGCGACGCUCUUGUCGAUCUUGACCUUCGUUCCCUCUGGUGCCCCCCGAUUCUAACGCGACGUAUUGUUAUCGUUAAGGAAGCUCGGUAUCUUCACAUUCGUUGAUAAGAAUUCUCGGACAAGCUGCGCAAGUGUUUGACAAGUUCUAUUGUUCACGGGAUCGUGACUUUUAUAUUUACGGCCAAGAAGACUUGGGACGUCAACUAUUUGGAACCGGAAAUAUCGAAGUACAAUAAGAAUCAAAUAAGGAUGGCGUUAACAUGGUGGGAGGCGAUAUUAUUAGUGAUAAUAGUGCUCGUCAGUUUGAGGACUUUUAUAAAAGCCACUAUUCUAAUGUGGAAGAAGUUAAUCGCCCCUAAUCUUGGAUUCGGAAUUGAUUUACGAACACAAGGAAAAUGGGCAGUAGUAACCGGUGCGACAGACGGACUUGGAAAAGCGUUCGCCAAAGCGCUUGCCGAAAAGGGUCUGGACAUCGUCCUAGUCUCGCGAUCCAUAUCCAAACUGAAAGACGUGGCUGCCGAAAUCAAACAGAAAUACGGGGUCGAGACCCGCAUUGUGGAGGCUGAUUUAACCGAAGGUCAGGUGGUUUACGCAGAAAUCGCCAAAGUGACAGAGGACUUGGAGGUGGGCGUCCUCGUUAACAAUGCCGGCGCGAGUUACGAUCAUCCCGAAUUGUUUACAAAUGUGUCGGAGGAAGUUCUCGCGAGGAUACUGCAAUUAAACGUGGCUGGCGUAACAGGGGUCGCAAGGGCUUUACUACCCGGUAUGCUAGAGAGAAAGAAAGGCGUGGUGAUAAACAUCAGUUCAACAACGGGCAGUAUGCCGAGUCCUUAUCUGUCUGUUUAUGCUGCCAGUAAAGCAUACAUCGACAAACUCAGCGCCGAUUUAGCGGUAGAAGCGGCGCCAAGAGGAGUCACUGUCCAAUGCGUUUCUCCUGGGCCUGUAGCUACGAAGAUGUCAAAGAUCAGGAGAUCAACAUGGAUGGCACCUACUCCGGAAAAAUUCGUCGAGGCGUCGUUGAAAACGGUCGGCAUAGAAUCGCGCACGACUGGUUAUCCGCCUCAUUCCUUGUUUGUCGGAUUCGUGAAUGCUUUUUGUUAUCUGUGCGAAGCGGGCACGGUGUGGCUAGUAACAAGGACAAUGCUCAAUUUAAGAGGUCGUGCUCUUCGUCACAAAGCAAAGGCGAAGGUUCAAGAAGAUGCAACGCAACGUGAUGCUCUUCGUACAGAUUAAUUAUGAAAUAAAAUUCAUAUAUUAAUAACGACGUUCUCGUCAUUAUUAUGACGUCCGUUACCUUAUUAAUAAAUAAAUUUUGUACAUUACGUAUGGAA